UAUUGUAAUAUCAUGCGAAUCCGGGACCGAUAAAUCUUGGGUCCUCGGCUGUCCAGAAUGUUCCCCUCCACCUCCACCUCCGCCACCGCGUCCCGCUUCCUCCUCCCCUUCACAGCCGCCUCCCGCCGCACCAUGUCGGCCGCCGCAGCCGACCCGCCGCCGCAGGCCACCUCCAAGGCGGUGCGCGUGGUGGUAAAGGGCAGCGUGCAGGGCGUCUUCUUCCGGGACUGGACCGUGGAGACGGCGCGCUCCCUGGGGCUCGCCGGAUGGGUCCGCAACCGCCGCGACGGCACCGUGGAGGCCCUCCUCUCCGGGGACCCCGCCAAGGUCGACGAGAUGGUCUCGCGGCGGCUCCCCGUGGGUCCGCCCGCCGCCGUCGUCACCGCCGUCGUGUCCUCUCCCGCCGACCCGGUGGACCCCGCAGAGGGGUUCCACCGCAAGCCCAGCGCCUGAUGCCGCCUGCUUCUUUCGUGCUAAUCUUUGCGCUGAAGGCCACGCUUCUCUUAGAGAUUUUAGUGCCGAAUAUACAUGGUGUUGAAAUAAUCAAAUAUUGGAAUUCGGAUGCGCAACUCUGAAUGUACGAGCAGAAGAAUAAGAAUUGAGGGCAGGACCAGGAUUGUGUAUUUGUGAUUGCUAAUGCACUCUGUUCCUGUCUUGUGAUCGGUGUCUUUAGACUCUUUACCAGCGAUUUUAAUUUCAUUUUACAAUUUUUUUAAUGGUGUAAUGGCUAAAAUUCACGAAAUUUUGGUUUUUUCCGUA